AUGCCCGUUCAAACCAGCCCACCGUCGCUGCCGGAUUCAUUCCCAUCGUUUAUGUCGGUGUUUGGCGGGGACUCGCCUAUAUCCUUAGAAAAAGAGGAACCAUCAAAGAUACAUCCGUAUAGGUUUCCGGCGAAUGCUGCUGGCAACAACCUGCGACGGCCCCUUCCUUUCCAACACCGUGAGAGCAUUUCCUCCGUGACGUCUGGGUCAGCCGAUUCGUCCCCCACAACUACGGCUUCGACAUUCGAUUCCCCUAUUACCUCAGAUACCUCUCCAAAUUCGUCCCCGGAGUCGCCAACCUCGAUGCCGCUCUCAUACUCGAAAUUUAUGGCCCCGUCGCGCAAUAUUGAGAACCAAGCGUUAUCAACAGCCCAAAACAAUUUGUCCAAGAUGACAUCGGACUCUUCAACGACACAAAAACGACCCGAUUCCCCGGGCAGGCGGGACAGAAACCUAAAGAACCUCUCGCUGAGGAUGCCGCCACCGCUGAGCUCCUCAAGGCCCUCGAUCUCUACUGCCUCCGUUGUCGAGACAAACUCCAAACAUCACCUGUCUGCCCCACCCUCGCCAAUCAAUAUCCCACCAAAGGGAAUAAGACGAAAACCCGCUGGCUUGACCAUUCAAACCCCCAAGUUCGAUCGAUCCUUCUCCAGUAACAUUCCUGAGGUGGUCCCACCAACCCCUCACGGCCGGCUAUCAUUGCGACACACCGAGUCAUCGCCUUCGCUGACCUCUGUGUUCUCUCCGUCAUUCGGCCCGAAAGGCGGCAUGCAACUACCACGACCAAGCACGCAGCACGGCUAUCGACGAACAUCCGCCCCAUCCGAAGAUCAUUUAUCUCCGGUUCCUUCCGUUGCUGGCGAGGAGUCUAUCUCAGAAACGGUUUUGCACGAACUGGUAGAAGAAGAUGACGCGCCGCAAUCGAGAGAGUCUGCACGUCGCAGUGAGCGUGGCUAUCCAAACGGUCCGGUCCAAAUCUACGAUUCGGGUGUUUUUCUGUACCUGGAGCCGACUGCGGAUGAAGCUUCGCGGUUCGACGUUGUUGUGAACGUGGCCAAGGAAGUAGUGAAUCCGUUCAGCAAAUCGGGCGACAAUUCGCAAACCGUGAUGAGUGUUUUACGCGGUGGAAACGCCGAUCCCAGGCGCCAGUCUUGUUCAACGCCCUUCACGGCGCUUUCAGAUAUAUCUUUUAAAUCGGCUUUUGAAUACCUCCCUAGUGACGAGUCAUCACCCGCUACACCACGCAAUGAACGGACCGGACCGGAAUAUGUGCAUGUAGGCUGGGAUCACAAUUCUGAGAUUCUCGAUGAUCUAUAUCCGCUAUGUGAGCUGAUCGAUUCCCGGAUCUCCCAGGGGAAGAAGGUCCUCAUUCACUGCCAGCUCGGUGCAAGUCGAUCCGCUUCCCUGGUAAUCGCCUACGGGCUGUACAAAAACCCGCACUUGGAUUUCAACUCGAUGUAUGAGACUGUUAAGGAACGCAGUCGUUGGGUUUCACCGAACAUGAGCUUAAUCUAUCAGUUGACGGAUUUCCGUUCCCGUUUAAUACGUGGUUCCCGGCCAUCCUCGGGAGAUUGGUCGUGCAGAGGGUCUGCACCACCGACGCCGCUUUCUGGGGCUCUUCCGCCGUCGUCGUCCCAGACGGACGUGUCAAGGGGUCCAGCUAGCACUGAUACGGAACCAACUUCGUCUAAUCCGCUAUCCCAGGGUUCACUGAGCUCCGCUUCGCUAUCUGUGCCAUCAACCAACCGCACAACACCUGUUUCGGCCAACAGCUUGGGGUUUCCUAAAUCGCUCUCACACAAGCGGAGUAUUUCACCGCGUCCUCUAGCUUUACGCCAAAGUUUCUUCAAUACGGAUAACGAAGGCCGAUCCACCCAGAGAGAGACCGACGGUGACUCCUCGAAGGCCGCGUCCAGAAAUGCUUUUAUGAAGAACACCGAGGAUCCUUCUGCUGCCCUGUUCUCGCCUCGUACAACGGGAUUCUUAGCAGUGGCUCGGCCUCGCCCAUUGUCAGGUAUUCUUGAAGAUGGGCAACCAAACCAAGUUCCAGUCGCGGAUCCCCGGUCCCCUCCACAGGGCCACGAGCGACUAAUUAUGAGAAGCAUUGAUGAGUUUUUGUGA